AUGGAUGGAACCACAGGAGGUGGAACAGGUGCAGGUGGUAAACGAGCAGGACAACCAAGUACAAGUUCAACAGCAGCAGCUGGAAAAGGAAAAGGUGCUGCUGCUAGUGGUGGUGCAGGUAAAACUGGUACGACUACAUCAGGUCGGCCAGGUACAGGUAAAGGAAGUGCAGAAAAAACAAUCGAUACAAGCAAACCUUAUUGGAUAUUACGUCUAGUAUCCGAUGGAGAUAAAGCGGAUGAAUUAACAAUUAAAAAAGAUACUGAACGAAAUGAAGAAUUAAUUAAUAUGAAGAAAGCAUGGGAAACAUUUGAAGCUGGUCGAGCUCAAAAGGCCAUGAAAACAAGACAAAAAUUUCUCGAUUCUUUACAACCAAAAGUCGAAGAACGUCCAUCAUCAGGUACACUAGAUGGUACAAUAAAACGACCUGAAAGUCGUGCUGGUGAAGAACCAUCUAGUACAACUACGACGAUUUCUACAACUGCUACAGCAACUGAACAACAACAGGUUGCUAAACAAACGUCACCUGCAACAGGACCAACAACAAAGAAAAGUGCUUCAUCAGCAGGAAAUAAAAAAGUUGCAGCUAAAGAAGAUGCAUCUAAACAAGUUGAAUCAAUAUCAGCACAGCAAGAACUUACACUACCGCAACCAGUAGUUGAUGAACCUCUUCUCAAUCAACCACCACCAGCUAAACCUAAAAUUAUUUUACCACCACUUGAUGUUAAACCUUUUAUCAAACAUAAAAUGCUUUCUGAUGAACCAAUUGUAUUAGAUCCUUUAUUUGAACAAGAAGAUAUACGUCGUCGUCAUGCUGAAUUUCUUGAAUAUGCUAAAUAUGCAGAUGAAAUUCGUCAAUAUCGUGAAGAAGAUCAUCAUAAUCGAUAUAAAGAAAAAAUUCGUCAAUUAGAAGAAUAUGUUGAUUUACAAGCAAAAAUUGAUCAAUCUCGUCGUACAAUUAAUGAACCUCGUGAAGCAUUUCGGCAACGUUUUCUUGAAGUUGAGCGUAAACGACUUGCAGAAUUAGCUGCUCAAGAACAAGAAUUAAUUGCAGCAGCUGAAAAAGCAAAAGCAGCUGCAGCUCCAGCCAAAGGUAAAGGUUCGGCUGGGAAGAAAGGCAAGAAAUAA